GCUGCAAGGCCCCCGCGGCGGGCGUAGAGCGCGAACCACUCACACGAUCGCACCUCAGUUUCGCGUUCACGUCAAACCAUUUUCGAUAAUUUUAGGUGAACAGUGGUUUUUGUUCCUGUAACAGUUUUUGUGGUAUUUGUUACUACGUCAACGAAACGAUGGAGGCUGGAGAUUUCAAAGACUUCGCUAAGGCGAUGACUGACUACAUCGCAGAGUAUUUGGAGAAUAUUAGAGAAAGACAAGUGGUUCCGUCCGUGAAGCCGGGCUACCUUCGGCCGCUGGUGCCGGAACAGGCCCCGGAGAAGCCUGAACCCUGGACCGCGGUGAUGGCAGACAUCGAGCGAGUCGUCAUGUCUGGCGUCACGCACUGGCACUCGCCUCGCUUCCACGCUUACUUCCCUACCGCCAACUCGUAUCCAGCCAUCGUAGCUGAUAUGCUGAGCGGUGCCAUCGCUUGUAUUGGGUUUACUUGGAUCGCGAGCCCUGCGUGCACUGAACUGGAGGUCGUGAUGUUGGACUGGCUGGGCCAGAUGUUGGGCCUUCCUGAGUCAUUUCUGGCACGAUCUGGCGGCGAGGCCGGUGGUGUUAUUCAGGGCACUGCCAGUGAAGCUACCCUGGUAGCCCUGCUUGGAGCUAAGGCCCGCACCAUGCAGCGCGUGAAGGAGCAACACCCUGAAUGGAGUGACACGGACAUCCUCGCCAAACUUGUCGGUUAUUGUAACAAACAAGCCCAUUCGUCAGUAGAGCGCGCAGGCUUGCUUGGCGGUGUGAAACUAAGAAAUCUCAAACCUGAUAAUAAGAGGCGCCUUCGAGGAGAUAUUCUAAGGGAUGCCAUCGAGGAGGACCUUCGUAAUGGUCUUAUACCAUUUUAUGUUGUAGCGACCUUGGGCACCACAUCAUCUUGUGCAUUCGACGCACUGGAUGAAAUAGGCGAUGUAUGCACUGAACACGGUGUGUGGCUUCACGUAGACGCGGCUUAUGCCGGCUCCGCUUUCAUCUGCCCAGAAUAUCGCUACCUGAUGAAGGGCAUUGAGAAAGCAGACUCCUUUAACUUCAAUCCUCACAAGUGGAUGCUUGUUAACUUCGAUUGUUCUGCGAUGUGGCUCAAGCAGCCUCGCUGGAUCGUUGACGCGUUCAACGUCGAUCCUUUGUAUUUGAAACACGACCAGCAAGGUUCUGCUCCGGACUACCGUCACUGGCAAAUUCCUCUUGGCCGCAGAUUCAGAGCACUCAAGUUGUGGUUUGUCUUGAGACUUUACGGAGUCGAAAAUCUGCAGAAGCACAUUAGAAAACACAUUGCACUGGCACAUCUCUUUGAGAAGUUGUGCACUGACGAUGAAAGAUUUGAACUGUACGAAGAGGUGACGAUGGGACUGGUUUGCUUUAGGCUGAAGGGGAGCAAUGAACUCAACGAAGAGCUACUCCGGCGUAUCAAUGGCCGCGGAAAGAUCCACCUCGUUCCUUCAAAAAUCGAUGAGGUAUAUUUCCUUAGAUUGGCCAUAUGCUCACGUUUCUCAGAAGAAAGUGACAUUCAUAUCUCUUGGGAGGAAAUAAAGGCGUCUGCUGAAGAAGUGCUGAAAAGCUUUGUACAAAAGUAAGGCAAGAAUAAAGUAAAAAGAAUAUAAAGUAGUGGUAAAUAUUUAAAGUAUUUAAACGUUGAUAAUACUUACUACAUUUUAUUAUAUACUAAGUAGGACCAAUUUAUCUAACUAAACUAUUGAUAUGGAUGUUAUGAUGCCGCUUGAUUUCAGGCGUUUCAAGGUUUUUGGCGCUGAUAAUGCUAUAAAAUUACAAAAAUAUUAUAUUUAAGUAGUGAUACUGUAAUUUGACAAUAUUUAUUACUUACGUGGGAAUAAUGUAUAUUUUUAUGUGAUUUGUUAUACCUACCUACUUAAUAAUUUUUGACUUAUAUAUGAGAUAUAUCUAAUAUUAUAUGAGAUAGGUAUCGAUGUACUACCUGUUUUAAGCGUAGAAUAGAAUAUAAUAGGUAUAAACAAUGUAUACAUACAUUAUACAUGUUAUGAAUAGGUGAAAAACUAUUUUGAAACAAAUCGAAAUAGCGAUAACACAUCAAUAGCUUACAUCAUCGGGGGCUCAUUUUUGUCUAUGACUUAAAUAUACUUAAACGAACAAUAACGACAUUAAAUGUGAUACCUAUACCUGUGUGUUUAUAUUUAUUAAAUUGUCUUGUUGCUGUAGCAUGUGUUCAAUGUAUAUUUAUUGAUAAAUAAAAUAUAAACUUCCUACA